AUGGAUUCAGCCACCUUCCUGGUGGCAUUUGGCGGCGACAGCGGCUGUCUCACAAUGGCAGCCACCACCUCACGGUGGUGGCAGUGGUCUCUUUUGGUUUCCAAACACGCAGCUACACAGACCAACAACCAGAACAUACAUGUGCACUCUUUUGAUCGAACACGAGCCCAGCCAUCCCAUCUAGUGGCUGGCGGCAGAAGUCGUAGAAGAAGGCAGUUGCAAUGGAGAAUGGAGGCUGCGCCUCCACCGGAGUACAAAUUCGAUAGCAGCAGCACUAAGUGGUUCGACGACCCACUAAACCGACGUCACUUGACUUCCUCGCCGCUGUCAUGGCUUCCCCGAAUGUUGGCUUCGAUCGGCGACACCGGUUGGCAGGGAGGCUGCCGGACAUGGCAGCAAUGGAAGUGGCGGCUGUUGAAAAUGAGAGGGAGGGUUUAUAAGUCGUUUAUUGGUAUGAGUUAUUACAACACCUCUAUUCCUCCUGUGAUUUUGAGGAAUAUUAUGGAAAAAAACCCUGGUUGGUACACCCUAUACACUCCCUACCAGGCUAAAAUUGCACAGGGAAGGCUCGAAUCCCUGCUUAAUUUCCAAACCAUGGUAACAGAUCUUACUGGUUUACCCAUGGUAAAUGCUUCAUUACUUGAUGAAGGAACAAUAGCUGCAGAAGCCAUGGCAAUGUACAAUAACAUCUGGAAGAAUAAGAAGAAAACAUUCAUCAUCGCAAGCAAUUGA